GGACACGCCCUUUGGUCAGGUUUGGUUGAAGUCGUAGAUAAUUUUCCCUGACAGAAGAACCUCAUAACGUAUCUACUCGGAGUGGCGGAUCGGAACCACUUAAAGGUGUCUGGAUAACAUACCUGUACCUCCACCCACCUGCCCAACGAUUAUAACUAUCUUUAUACACGAUCUGUCCCCACACCGUUGUCCCCUUCCUUCCCCUCUCUUCGGACUCUCUUUGAAACUGCGAGCGUCAAAACUGCAAGCGACAGUUUUAACAUAAGAUAACACACAAACAUGGAUAAAACAGAGCUGAUUCAGAAAGCCAAGCUGGCGGAGCAGGCCGAGCGUUACGACGACAUGGCUUCGUCCAUGAAGGAGGUAACGGAGCAGGGUGCAGAGUUGUCAUGCGAGGAGAGGAACCUUCUCUCGGUCGCCUACAAGAACGUUGUCGGGGCCCGGAGGUCUGCAUGGCGGGUGAUCUCCGCCAUCGAGCAGAAGACAGAGGGCAGCGACAAGAAGCUUCAGAUGGUCAAGGAGUACCGGGAGAAGGUGGAGACCGAGUUGCGAGAUAUCUGCAACGAUGUACUGGGGCUGCUGAGCAAAUAUUUGAUUGAAAAUGCCCCUAAUGCGGAGAGCAAAGUGUUCUAUUUGAAGAUGAAGGGAGACUACUACAGAUACCUGGCUGAGGUGGCCUCCGGAGACGACAAGAAGGAGACGAUAUCCAACUCUCAAGACUCCUACCAGGAGGCGUUUGACAUCAGCAAGAAGGAGAUGCAGCCCACACAUCCUAUCCGCCUGGGCCUGGCCCUCAACUUCUCUGUUUUCUUCUACGAGAUCCUCAACUCUCCAGAGAAGGCCUGCUCACUGGCCAAACAGGCCUUCGAUGAUGCCAUCGCCGAGCUCGACACGCUGAGCGAAGACUCGUACAAAGACAGCACCCUCAUCAUGCAGUUGCUUAGAGACAACCUCACUCUAUGGACAUCUGACAACGCAGCAGAUGAGCCAGAGGCUGGAGAUGGAGGAGAGAACUGAGCUGCUCCCCGUCCAUCCUCGCCAAGAAAUAAAAAUAAAAGUUGAGGCGAUAAGUCAUUUUCCUUCAUUCCUUAUUGUUCCACUUGAAAUUAUUCUAGUAAAGAAUGCCCGUCGUACAAUUGAGCUGCAACGUGUGGGACAUUUAAAAUCCUUUUAGUUUUCACCACAGCUCUGCUUUUUGGUAUGAAGAAAAACUAAAUUAAGUAAAUAAUAUUAUUGCCAUUCCUGAGUUUGUUUGUCCCGGCCUUUCUGAUGUGCAGUUUCUGCUGUAGAAAACUAUUAGCUUCACUUUAACAUGAAUUGUCUGUUCAACAUGACAAUAUAGGCUAUGUGUGCGUGUGUCCCCAGAAAGGUCAGUUUUCUGAAUUUUGAAAGGCCAUUUGCAUACAGCGAGCAUCGUGCAGCCUGGGCAUAUGGUUGGGAGGGAAAGGCAUGUCAAGCUGACCCAAAUUUGACAGGAAUUCUGGCUGUCUCCCUGUGUUGGUCUUCCAAAAAGGUUGCUAGGUAGUUGCAUCUGUCAACACCUCCUGGACCAUGAAAGCCAAUCUGACAUAUUGGAUAUGUCCCAAAUGGCACCCUAUUCCCUCUUGUAAUGCACUACAUUUGACCAGAGCCCUCGUCAAACGUAGUGCACUAUAAAGGUAAUCGGGUGCUAUUUGGGAUGCAUAUUGUCUGGUAACUUGAACACUCCUGACACCUGUAUUUUAUGAACCUGUGGGGGCUGUCCAGCCAGUGGUUGCAUCCCUAUCACCUGUAUAGUGCAAUACUUUUGACAAGGGCCCCUAGGGCUGUGGAUGAAAGUAGUGCACUAUAUAAGGAAUAGGGUGCUAUUUGGGAUGUAGACUGUCAACAGAGCAAGUGCUGUCCAUGGGCUCUUGUAACAAGGUCUCCCUCGACGGUUACGAAAAACUCCUUCCUAGUUAUUAUUCACCUCAAUGUGAUACUUUUUAGCAUGUCUGACAAAAAGGUGGUACUUUAGGAAGACUUAAAAAAAGAAUGUGGAAUGACAAAAGAAUAAGUACAUGCAUGCCCAUUUUUUUUCAAUGUACACUGGAAUGGGGAAUCAAUAUUGCAUACAGAAAGUCAAAUUUUUGUUCAGUACUUUCCUUUGCAGGUUUGCGCACAUGUAAGAGGGUGUUUGAUUUGUCAUUAGAGAUUGAGACCACUAGUGUUUUUGCUAAUCAUUGAUUGUAGUCCCCAAACCCUUGUGAAAAUGUUUAAUGCCCUAAUGUUAUGUAACAGCAAUGUUGAAUAAAACAUGAAUAAAAAUGACAUUUUGUAAACCAUAA